AUGCCGCUCGAAUCCGAGCAGCAGCAGCAGCGGCAACAACAAGAGCCGCAAGCUCAGCAGGCACAGUCUCAGUCCCAACAACAGCAAGACUCGCCGUCGACAAAUCCCCCUGCUCCCAACAAUGCUAUUACAACCACAGCAGGCAGCAUGAGUUUCCGAAGGUUGGUCUUUUUUUCUGCAAUCGUCCACAUCGCGAACUGCACUGACCCCGAACCUAUCCGCAGGCAACGAGCAUCGAGAGCAUGUGAGGUUCGAUGCGACGCCGCCAGUCUUGGUGUUCCCUGCACAAACUGCGUCGCCUUCCAGAUUGAAUGCCGCAUACCGACGCCCAAGCGGAAGAAGGCCCAGAGCACGACCAGCAGCCAGCCCAACAAGGACUCUGACAGUGACCGAGGUGACAAUCCAGAAGAACGGACGCAUAAUGCCGAGUCCACCGCCACCGCUGGUCUCGACCCUCGAGGCACCGUCGGUGCUCACACAAACCAGGGAACGCCCUCGGUAGAUCAGACAGAAGCCCAGGCCAAGAAGGCGGAGCUCGAUAGCAGCACCUACGUCAACAUCGUCAUGAAGCCCAAAUUCACCCGUGCACCCAUCACCGACGCCGGUAGGGUUGCCUACCUUGGCGAAUCUUCCAACCUGACUCUGCUCGUACAUGACCGCCAGGGCGACGCCGACGUCGUCCAUUAUCCUCUGCCGGAGAACAUACGCGGAUCCCGCGCCCGCAUGACAGAGCUGGACAACGUCGAGAUUGAGAUUCUUCACCAGAGGGGCGCCUUUCUACUGCCACCCCGGCCACUCUGCGACGAGCUGAUAGAGGCCUACUUCAGAUGGGUCCAUCCCAUCGUCCCCGUCAUCAACCGCACCCGCUUCAUGUACCAGUACCAGGACCCUAAGAACCCGCCGUCUCUGCUCCUCCUCCAGGCUGUCCUGCUGGCCGGGUCCAGGGUCUGCAGCAACGCACAGCUCAUGGACUCGAACGGAUCGACCAACCCGGCUGCACUGACCUUUUACAAGCGAGCCAAGGCCCUGUACGACUCCAACUACGAGGACGACCGGGUCACCAUUGUCCAGUCGCUUCUGCUCAUGGGAUGGUACUGGGAGGGUCCGGAGGAUGUCACCAAAAACGUCUUCUAUUGGACUCGCGUCGCUACCAUUGUGGCACAGGGGUCCGGUAUGCAUCGUACAGUCGAGCAGUCGCAGCUUAGCAAGUUCGACAAGCGACUGUGGAAACGUAUAUGGUGGACCUUGUUUACCCGCGAUCGCUCUGUCGCCGUGGCGCUCGGCCGUCCCGUCCACAUCAACCUCGACGAUUCCGAUGUUGAGAUGUUGACUGAGGAUGAUUUUAUCGAGGACGAUGCCAACGGUGGCGGCGAGUUUCCUCCGGAUCCCAUCCACGUCCAGUUCUUUCUACAGUAUGUUAAGCUGUGCGAGAUUAUGGGGUUGGUCCUGUCGCAGCAGUACUCGGUCGCCUCCAAGGGUCAUCAGCGAAAUGCCAUCGACCUGACGCACAGUGACAUGGCCCUUGCCGACUGGCUGCAAAACUGCCCUAAGAUUGUCUACUGGGAGGCCCCGAGGCAUCACUUCUGGUCUGCCCUCCUCCACUCAAACUACUACACCACCUUGUGUCUCCUCCACAGAGCACAUAUGCCUCCCAAGGGCGCCAAGGGUAUGCCCGAAGAGUCACCCUACCCGUCCCGUAACAUUGCCUUCCAGGCAGCCGCCAUGAUCACAUCCAUUGUAGAGAAUCUCUCAGCACAUGGCGAGCUGCGCUACUGCCCUGCCUUUAUCGUGUACAGCCUGUUCUCAGCCCUCAUCAUGCACGUGUACCAGAUGAGGUCGCCCGUGCCUUCCAUCCAGCAGGUGACACAGGAUCGCCUGCGGAGCUGCCUUAGAGCCAUGAAGGAAGUCUCCAAUGUCUGGCUCGUGGGCAAGAUGGUGUACGCGCUCUUCGAAGCCAUCAUUGGCAAUAAGGGCCUGGAGGAGAGGUUGCAGAAGGCCGGAGGCAAGCGCCAUCGAAAGAUGCAGAGCCUUAACCAGCAGGAUCAGCAAGCGAAUAACAGGCCAGCUGACGCAGCGAAGCGCAAGUACGACGACAUGGCGAUGGAUUUCACAUCCAACGCGCCCACGCCACAAGAGUCGUAUGAACGGUCGAGGCCCCAGACACCAACGGCAACAACCGUCAAGGCCGAGAACACGACCAAUGACAACAACAACAACAACAACACCGGUGCAACCUCUGCCCAGCCUACCAUGGUAGCCUCACCAAACGCCCGCCUGGCUCCGACCGACACAUUUAUGGGUCAGCCGAACUCCAGGCCGCAGACGAGGCCAGCCACCCCCUUCAACCCAUCGUUUUCGGUACCCGCCACGCCACCGGACUUGUACCUGGUGACGAGAAACUCGCCAAACAUCUCACAGUCCCUGUUGGAGAAUUUUCAACCCGACCUGCUCUUCCCUGAUAGCGCGGGCAUGCCAUCAUUCACAACCAUGUCGCCCAGUCAGGCCCUGGAUCAGAAUCCCAUGCACCAGCUGCCUACCUCGGCCAUGCCGACUAGCAUCCCGUCACAACAGUCGCAGCAGGCUCAGCAGCAAACGCAGGCUCAGAACUCCACCCAAGGCAUGGGAAAACCUUUCCAACAAGGAAAUAGGGAUGCUGCUGCAGCGACGGCCCAAUUCGCCUUCCAAAAUAUCUGGCAGCCCAACUUUGACGGGGCGCUGCACGACGAGCAGAGUCCCGAAAGCUGGAGUACGGGCUCGGCACAGGGGCAACCGGCGCCUACUACGCUGAAUGUCGAGGAUUGGUUCCAAUUCUUUGGUAUUAAUGGUGAUGCCAGCAAUAUUAAUCUUGAUAUGCCCUUGACCUAG